UAACAACCCGCACUGACGGGUAAGACGAUGUUCCUGGAUUUUUUUUUCAUUUAUCCUUUAAAUCAAGGCGACCAAAUGACGCUACCAGCAAGCAUAGAAUUUAAUAUUUUUUGUUAAUAGUUUUGUUUUCUCUUCCGAACUCAUCUUGCCCAGUAAACAAAUCUUAUAAUACYCUCAUUGUCUCAAAGUUUAUUUAACAAAUAGCUAGACAUUAUAUUUGUGAGAUUUAUAAGUACUUGUUUUUGUCAACGACGUUUGUAGAACGAAACAGCAGUUCGUGGAGGACUAUUUUUGAAAUGUCAUGUAUAUAUGUAUUCGUUAAUUUUCUUUUCUCAUGUUUACUCGCACAUACACCAGAUAAGAAGUUACUUCUUWCUCUCCUCCGAAUAAUUAUCUUUCGAAGAAAACUAGGUUAUAUGAUAGGAACUCAUAAAAUGUCAUCUAUCCGAAAACAAUACAUGCGUGAUAUGAAAGACAAUUCGGUCUCAACCGUAAGAAACCCAGAAUCCCAAUCACCAGAUAUGACCAUGAAUACAUCGAAGGCCAAUGUGGAAGAACCGAAAAAGGUUUCGACCACUGAAGAAUCAGACGAAGCAAUCCAGAAUGGCAAAGAUGACGRAAAAAACGCAGAAAACGUCGAACCUAGCCGUGAAGACAAGGCUCCAAUAACAGGAGACAAAGCAAAGCGUUUCCUUCCGGCGUACAAGAAAGCAAAUGCUGCUCUUACAUUUCCUGAAAAGGUAAGAUCAUUGUGCUCGAGAACUUUGCUCUGUACUGUCUGUUGAACAAGUGAUGAAUCUAACGUUUUCUCCCCACGCCCGAUUGACGAAGAUGAUGAAUUUGAUGAAAUACGUCGACGAGAAAUCCAAGASCGAGAAAGAUUUUUGUAUAUCUUGGUUGCCAGAAGGCAAAGCGUUUGUCAUCUACAACAUCAAAGAGUUCACCAGCAAUGUGAUUCCGAAGUUUUUCAAGGCUUCGAAAUUCUGUUCGUUCACCCGAAAGCGUAAGUAAAGUCUGCUUCAUGCGUUUAAUCGACUAAUUUUCUUUCUUGGCCAAUGCUUUUUUUUUGUCACUUGUACUCAUAUUGAGAUUCUUUCUUCUCGUUCACCAGUUUAUCGUUGGGGCUUCCGUCAACUGAA